AUGCAACCUCUCCUUCAACUACAUCAACAUCACUUCAAGAAAUGCCACCUCUCCUCGACAUCAACAGUCACUUCAAGUGAUGCCACCAAUACAUUGACAGUCACUUCAAGUGAUGCUACCACUACAUUGACAGUCUCUUCAAGUGAUGCCACCACUCCCUCAACAUCAACAGUCACUUUAAGUUAUGCAACCUCUCCCUCAACUACAUCAACAGUCAGUUCAAGUGAUACUACCACGACAGCAACAGUCAGUUCAAGUGAUACUACCACUACAUCGGCAGUAUCUUCAAGUGAUACCACCUCUCCCUCGACAUCAACAGUCACUUCAAGUGAUGCCACCAAUACAUCGACAGUCACUUCAAGUGAUGCUACCACUACAUCGACAGUCACUUCAAGUGAUCCCACCACUCCCUCGGCAUCAACAGUCACUUCAAGUGAUGCCACCAAUACAUUGACAGUCACUUCAAGUGAUGCUACCACUACAUCGACAGUCACUUCAAGUGAUCCCACCACUCCCUCGACAUCAACAGUGACUUCAAGUGAUGCCACCACUCCCUCAACAUCAACAGUCACUUUAAGUUAUGCAACCUCUCCAUCAACUACAUCAACAGUCAGUUCAAGUGAUACUACCACUACAGCAACAGUCAGUUCAAGUGAUGCUACCACUACAUCGACAGUCCCUUCAAGUGAUCCCACCACUACCUCGACAUUAACAGUCACUUCAAGUGAUGCCACCAAUACAUUGACAGUCACUUCAAGUGAUGCCACCACUCCCUCAACAUCAACAGUCACUCCAAGUAAUGCCAUCUCUCCCUCGACAUCAACAGAAAGUUCAAGUGAUACUACCACGACAGCAACAGUCAGUUCAAGUGAUACUACCACUACAUCGGCAGUAUCUUCAAGUGAUACCACCUCUCCCUCGACAUCAACAGUCACUUCAAGUGAUGCCACCAAUACAUUGACAGUCACUUCAAGUGAUGCUACCACAACAUCAACAGUCACUCCAAUCUCUUCAAGUGAUCCCACCACUACCUCAACAUCAACAGUCACUUCAAGUAAUGCCACCUCUCCCUCGACAUCAACAGUCAGUUCAAGUGAUACUACCACGACAGCAACAGUCAGUUCAAGUGAUGCUACCACUACAUUGACAGUCACUUCAAGUGAUGCCACCACUCCCUCGACAUUAAAAGUCACUUCAAGUAAUGCCACGUCUCCCUCGACAUCAACAGUCACUUCAAGUGAUGCCACCAACUCAUUGACAGUCUCUACAAGUGAUGCCUCCACUCCUUCGACUUCAACAGUCACUUCAAGUGAUCCCACCACUACCUCGACAUUAACAGUCACUUCCAGAAAUGCCACCUCUCCCUCGACAUCAACAGUCACUUCAAGUGAUGCUACCACUACAUUGACAGUCACUUCAAGUGAUCCCACCACUACCUCGGCAUUAACAGUCACUUCAAGUGAUGCCACCAAUACAUUGACAGUCUCUACAAGUGAUGCCUCCACUCCUUCGACAUCAACAGUCACUUCAAGUGAUGCCACCAACACAUCAACAGUCACUCCAAGUAAUGCCAUCUCUAAGUCAACAUCAACAGUCUCUUCAAGUGAUGCAACCUCUCCCUCAACUACAUCAACAGUCAGUUCAAUCACUCCAAGUAAUGCCAUCUCUCCCUUGACAUCAACAGUCAGUUCAAGUGAUACUACCACGACAGCAACAGUCAGUUCAAGUGAUACUACCACUACAUCGGCAGUAUCUUCAAGUGAUACCACCUCUCCCUCGACAUCAACAGUCACUUCAAGUGAUGCCACCAAUACAUCGACAGUCUCUACAAGUGAUGCCUCCACUCCUUCGACAUCAACAGUCACUUCAAGUGAUGCCACCACUACAUCAACAGUCACUUCAAGUGAUGCUACCACUACAUCGACAGUCCCUUCAAUUGAUCCCACCACUACCUCGGCAUUAACAGUCACUUCAAGAAAUGCCACCAAUACAUCGACAGUCUCUACAAGUGAUGCCUCCACUCCUUCGACUUCAACAGUCACUUCAAGUGAUGCCACCAAUACAUCAACAGUCACUUCAAGUGAUGCCACCAAUACACCGACAGUCUCUACAAGUGAUGCCUCCACUCCUUUGACUUCAACAGUCACUUCAAGUGAUGCCACCACUACAUCAACAGUCACUUCAAGUGAUGCUACCACUACAUCGACAGUCCCUUCAAUUGAUCCCACCACUACCUCGGCAUUAACAGUCACUUCAAGAAAUGCCACCAAUACAUCGACAGUCUCUACAAGUGAUGCCUCCACUCCUUCGACAUCAACAGUCACUUCAAGUGAUGCCACCAACACAUCAACAGUCACUCCAAGUAAUGCCAUCUCUAAGUCAACAUCAACAGUCUCUUCAAGUAAUGCCACCUCUCCCUCGACAUCAACAGUUAGUUCAAGUGAUACUUCCACGACAGGAACAGUCAGUUCAAGUGAUACUACCACUACAUCGGCAGUAUCUUCAAGUGAUACCACCUCUCCCUCGACAUCAACAGUCACUUCAAGUGAUGCCACCAAUACAUCAACAGUCUCUACAAGUGAUGCCUCCACUCCUUUGACUUCAACAGUCAAUUCAAGUGAUGCCACCACUACAUCAACAGUCACUUCAAGUGAUGCUACCACUACAUCGACAGUCCCUUCAAUUGAUCCCACCACUACCUCGGCAUUAACAGUCACUUCAAGAAAUGCCACCAAUACAUUGACAGUCUCUACAAGUGAUGCCUCCACUCCUUCGACUUCAACAUUCACUUCAAGUGAUGCCACCACUACAUCAACAGUCACUUCAAGUGAUGCCACCACUACAUCAACAGUCACUUCAAGUGAUGCUACCACUACAUCGACAGUCCCUUCAAUUGAUCCCACCACUACCUCGGCAUUAACAGUCACUUCAAGAAAUGCCACCAAUACAUCGACAGUCUCUACAAGUGAUGCCUCCACUCCUUCGACAUCAACAGUCACUUCAAGUGAUGCCACCAACACAUCAACAGUCACUCCAAGUAAUGCCAUCUCUAAGUCAACAUCAACAGUCUCUUCAAGUAAUGCCACCUCUCCCUCGACAUCAACAGUCAGUUCAAGUGAUCCCACCACUACCUCGACAUUAACAGUCACUUCCAGAAAUGCCACCUCUCCCUCGACAUCAACAGUCACUUCAAGUGAUGCCACCAAUACAUCGACAGUCUCUACAAGUGAUGCCUCCACUCCUUUGACUUCAACAGUCACUUCAAGUGAUGCCACCACUACAUCAACAGUCACUUCAAGUGAUGCCACCACUACAUCGACAGUCCCUUCAAUUGAUCCCACCACUACCUCGGCAUUAACAGUCACUUCAAGUGAUGCCACCAAUACAUCGACAGUCUCUACAAGUGAUGCCUCCACUCCUUCGACAUCAACAGUCACUUCAAGUGAUGCCACCAACACAUCAACAGUCACUCCAAGUAAUGCCAUCUCUAAGUCAACAUCAACAGUCUCUUCAAGUAAUGCCACCUCUCCCUCGACAUCAACAGUUAGUUCAAGUGAUACUUCCACGACAGGAACAGUCAGUUCAAGUGAUACUACCACUACAUCGGCAGUAUCUUCAAGUGAUACCACCUCUCCCUCGACAUCAACAGUCACUUCAAGUGAUGCCACCAAUACAUCAACAGUCUCUACAAGUGAUGCCUCCACUCCUUUGACUUCAACAGUCAAUUCAAGUGAUGCCACCACUACAUCAACAGUCACUUCAAGUGAUGCUACCACUACAUCGACAGUCCCUUCAAUUGAUCCCACCACUACCUCGGCAUUAACAGUCACUUCAAGAAAUGCCACCAAUACAUUGACAGUCUCUACAAGUGAUGCCUCCACUCCUUCGACUUCAACAUUCACUUCAAGUGAUGCCACCACUACAUCAACAGUCACUUCAAGUGAUGCCACCACUACAUCAACAGUCACUUCAAGUGAUGCUACCACUACAUCGACAGUCCCUUCAAUUGAUCCCACCACUACCUCGGCAUUAACAGUCACUUCAAGAAAUGCCACCAAUACAUCGACAGUCUCUACAAGUGAUGCCUCCACUCCUUCGACAUCAACAGUCACUUCAAGUGAUGCCACCAACACAUCAACAGUCACUCCAAGUAAUGCCAUCUCUAAGUCAACAUCAACAGUCUCUUCAAGUAAUGCCACCUCUCCCUCGACAUCAACAGUCAGUUCAAGUGAUCCCACCACUACCUCGACAUUAACAGUCACUUCCAGAAAUGCCACCUCUCCCUCGACAUCAACAGUCACUUCAAGUGAUGCCACCAAUACAUCGACAGUCUCUACAAGUGAUGCCUCCACUCCUUUGACUUCAACAGUCACUUCAAGUGAUGCUACCACUACAUCGACAGUCCCUUCAAUUGAUCCCACCACUACCUCGGCAUUAACAGUCACUUCAAGUGAUGCCACCAAUACAUCGACAGUCUCUACAAGUGAUGCCUCCACUCCUUCGACAUCAACAGUCACUUCAAGUGAUGCCACCACUACAUCAACAGUCACUUCAAGUGAUGCCACCACUACAUCGACAGUCCCUUCAAUUGAUCCCACCACUACCUCGACAUUAACAGUCACUUCCAGAAAUGCCACCUCUCCCUCGACAUCAACAGUCACUUCAAGUGAUGCCACCAAUACAUCGACAGUCUCUACAAGUGAUGCCUCCUCUCCCUCGGCAUUAACAGUCACUUCAAGUGAUGCCACCAACACAUCAACAGUUACUUCAAGUGAUGCUACCACUACAUUGACAGUCACUUCAAGUGAUGCCACCACUCCCUCAACAUCAACAGUCACUUUAAGUGAUGCAACCUCUCCGUCAACUACAUCAACAGUCAGUUCAAGUGAUACUACCACUACAGCAACAGUCAGUUCAAGUGAUCCCACCACUACCUCGGCAUUAACAGUCACUUCAAGUGAUGCCACCAAUACAUCGACAGUCUCUACAAGUGAUGCCUCCACUCCUUUGACAUCAACAGUCACUUCAAGUUAUGCCACCAAUACAUUGACAGUCACUUCAAGUGAUGCUACCACUACAUUGACAGUCUCUUCAAGUGAUGCCACCACUCCCUCAACAUCAACAGUCACUCCAAGUAAUGCCAUCUCUAAGUCAACAUCAACAGUCUCUUCAAGUAAUGCCACCUCUCCCUCGACAUCAACAGUCAGUUCAAGUGAUACUACCACUACAUUGGCAGUAUCUUCAAGUGAUACCACCUCUCCCUCGACAUCAACAGUCACUUCAAUUGAUCCCACCACUACCUCGGCAUUAACAGUCACUUCAAGUGAUGCCACCAAUACAUCAACAGUCACUUCAAGUGAUGCCACCAAUACAUCGACAGUCUCUACAAGUGAUGCCUCCACUCCUUUGACUUCAACAGUCACUUCAAGUGAUGCCACCACUACAUCAACAGUCACUUCAAGUGAUGCUACCACUACAUCGACAGUCCCUUCAAUUGAUCCCACCACUACCUCGGCAUUAACAGUCACUUCAAGAAAUGCCACCAAUACAUCGACAGUCUCUACAAGUGAUGCCUCCACUCCUUCGACAUCAACAGUCACUUCAAGUGAUGCCACCAACACAUCAACAGUCACUCCAAGUAAUGCCAUCUCUAAGUCAACAUCAACAGUCUCUUCAAGUAAUGCCACCUCUCCCUCGACAUCAACAGUCAGUUCAAGUGAUACUACCACUACAUCAACAGUUACUUCAAGUGAUACUACCACUACAUUGACAGUCACUUCAAGUGAUGCCACCACUCCCUCAACAUCAACAGUCACUUUAAGUUAUGCAACCUCUCCCUCAACUACAUCAACAGUCAGUUCAAGUGAUACUACCACUACAGCAACAGUCAGUUCAAGUGAUGCUACCACUACAUCGACAGUCCCUUCAAGUGAUCCCACCACUACCUCGACAUUAACAGUCACUUCAAGAAAUGCCACCUCUCCCUCGACAUCAACAGUCACUUCAAGUGAUGCCACCAAUACAUUGACAGUCACUUCAAGUGAUGCUACCACUACAUUGACAGUCUCUUCAAGUGAUGCCACCACUCCCUCAACAUCAACAGUCACUCCAAGUAAUGCCAUCUCUCCCUCGACAUCAACAGUCAGUUCAAGUGAUACUAGCACGACAGCAACAGUCAGUUCAAGUGAUACUACCACUACAUCGGCGGUAUCUUCAAGUGAUACCACCUCUCCCUCGACAUCAACAGUCACUUCAAGUGAUGCCACCAAUACAUUGACAGUCUCUACAAGUGAUGCCUCCACUCCUUUGACAUCAACAGUCACUUCAAGUGAUGCCACCAACACAUCAACAGUCACUCCAAGUAAUGCCAUCUCUAAGUCAACAUCAACAGUCUCUUCAAGUAAUGCCACCUCUCCCUCGACAUCAACAGUCAGUUCAAGUGAUACUACCACGACAGCAACAGUCAGUUCAAGUGAUACUACCACUACAUCGGCAGUAUCUUCAAGUGAUACCACCUCUCCCUCGACAUCAACAGUCACUUCAAGUGAUGCCACCAAUACAUCAACAGUCUCUACAAGUGAUGCCUCCACUCCUUUGACUUCAACAGUCACUUCAAGUGAUGCCACCACUACAUCAACAGUCACUUCAAGUGAUGCUACCACUACAUCGACAGUCCCUUCAAUUGAUCCCACCACUACCUCGGCAUUAACAGUCACUUCAAGAAAUGCCACCAAUACAUCGACAGUCUCUACAAGUGAUGCCUCCACUCCUUCGACUUCAACAGUCACUUCAAGUGAUGCCACCACUACAUCAACAGUCACUUCAAGUGAUGCCACCACUACAUCAACAGUCACUUCAAGUGAUGCUACCACUACAUCGACAGUCCCUUCAAUUGAUCCCACCACUACCUCGGCAUUAACAGUCACUUCAAGAAAUGCCACCAAUACAUCGACAGUCUCUACAAGUGAUGCCUCCACUCCUUCGACAUCAACAGUCACUUCAAGUGAUGCCACCAACACAUCAACAGUCACUCCAAGUAAUGCCAUCUCUAAGUCAACAUCAACAGUCUCUUCAAGUGAUACCACCUCUCCCUUGACAUCAACAGUCACUUCAAGUGAUGCCACCAACACAUCAACAGUCAGUUCAAGUGAUGCUACCACUACAUUGACAGUCACUUCAAGUGAUGCCACCACUCCCUCAACAUCAACAGUCACUUUAAGUUAUGCAACCUCUCCCUCAACUACAUCAACAGUCAGUUCAAGUGAUACUACCACUACAGCAACAGUCAGUUCAAGUGAUGCUACCACUACAUCGACAGUCCCUUCAAGUGAUCCCACCACUACCUCGACAUUAACAGUCACUUCAAGAAAUGCCACCUCUCCCUCGACAUCAACAGUCACUUCAAGUGAUGCCACCAAUACAUUGACAGUCACUUCAAGUGAUGCUACCACUACAUUGACAGUCUCUUCAAGUGAUGCCACCACUCCUUUGACAUCAACAGUCACUUCAAGUGAUGCCACCAACACAUCAACAGUCACUCCAAGUAAUGCCAUCUCUAAGUCAACAUCAACAGUCUCUUCAAGUAAUGCCACCUCUCCCUCGACAUCAACAGUCAGUUCAAGUGAUACUACCACUACAUCGGCAGUAUCUUCAAGUGAUACCACCUCUCCCUCGACAUCAACAGUCACUUCAAGUGAUGCCACCAAUACAUCGACAGUCACUUCAAGUGAUGCUACCACUACAUCAACAGUCACUUCAAGUGAUGCCACCAAUACAUCAACAGUCACUUCAAGUGAUCCCACCAAUACAUUGACAGUCUCUACAAGUGAUGCCUCCACUCCUUUGACUUCAACAGUCACUUCAAGUGAUGCCACCACUACAUCAACAGUCACUUCAAGUGAUGCUACCACUACAUCAACAGUCACUCCAAGUAAUGCCAUCUCUAAGUCAACAUCAACAGUCUCUACAAGUGAUGCCUCCACUCCUUCGACAUCAACAGUCACUUCAAGUGAUGCCACCAACACAUCAACAGUCACUCCAAGUAAUGCCAUCUCUAAGUCAACAUCAACAGUCUCUUCAAGUAAUGCCACCUCUCCCUCGACAUCAACAGUCAGUUCAAGUGAUCCCACCACUACCUCGACAUUAACAGUCACUUCCAGAAAUGCCACCUCUCCCUCGACAUCAACAGUCACUUCAAGUGAUGCCACCAAUACAUCGACAGUCACUUCAAGUGAUGCCACCACUACAUCGACAGUCCCUUCAAUUGAUCCCACCACUACCUCGGCAUUAACAGUCACUUCAAGUGAUGCCACCAAUACAUCGACAGUCUCUACAAGUGAUGCCUCCACUCCUUCGACAUCAACAGUCACUUCAAGUGAUGCCACCACUACAUCAACAGUCACUUCAAGUGAUGCCACCACUACAUCGACAGUCCCUUCAAUUGAUCCCACCACUACCUCGACAUUAACAGUCACUUCCAGAAAUGCCACCUCUCCCUCGACAUCAACAGUCACUUCAAGUGAUGCCACCAAUACAUCGACAGUCUCUACAAGUGAUGCCUCCACUCCUUUGACUUCAACAGUCACUUCAAGUGAUGCCACCACUACAUCAACAGUCACUUCAAGUGAUGCCACCACUACACCGACAGUCCCUUCAAUUGAUCCCACCACUACCUCGGCAUUAACAGUCACUUCAAGUGAUGCCACCAACACAUCAACAGUUACUUCAAGUGAUGCUACCACUACAUUGACAGUCACUUCAAGUGAUGCCACCACUCCCUCAACAUCAACAGUCACUUUAAGUGAUGCAACCUCUCCGUCAACUACAUCAACAGUCAGUUCAAGUGAUACUACCACUACAGCAACAGUCAGUUCAAGUGAUCCCACCACUACCUCGGCAUUAACAGUCACUUCAAGUGAUGCCACCAAUACAUCGACAGUCUCUACAAGUGAUGCCUCCACUCCUUUGACAUCAACAGUCACUUCAAGUUAUGCCACCAAUACAUUGACAGUCACUUCAAGUGAUGCUACCACUACAUUGACAGUCUCUUCAAGUGAUGCCACCACUCCCUCAACAUCAACAGUCACUCCAAGUAAUGCCAUCUCUAAGUCAACAUCAACAGUCUCUUCAAGUAAUGCCACCUCUCCCUCGACAUCAACAGUCAGUUCAAGUGAUACUACCACUACAUUGGCAGUAUCUUCAAGUGAUACCACCUCUCCCUCGACAUCAACAGUCACUUCAAGUGAUCCCACCACUACCUCGACAUCAAGGGUCACUUCAAGUGAUGCCACCAAUACAUCGACAGUCUCUACAAGUGAUGCCUCCAAUCCUUUGACUUCAACAGUCACUUCAAGUGAUGCCACCUCUUCAUCAACAGUCACUUCAAGUGAUGCUACCACUGCAUCGACAGUCCCUUCAAUUGAUCCCACCACUACCUCGGCAUUAACAGUCACUUCAAGAAAUGCCACCAAUACAUCGACAGUCUCUACAAGUGAUGCCUCCACUCCUUCGACUUCAACAGUUACUUCAAGUGAUCCCACCACUACCACUUCAUCAACAGUCACUUCAAGUGAUGCCACCAAUACAUCAACAGCCACUUCAAGUGAUGCCACCACUCCCUCGACACUAACAGUUACUUCAAGUGAUGCCACCUCUCCCUCGACAUCAACAGUCACCUCAAGUGAUUCCACCACUACAUCAACAGUCACUUCACGUGAUCCCACAACUCCCACUUCUCCAUCAACAGCCACAAGUGAGGUCACCACUCUAAGACUAAUAAUGUCAUCAACAAGUGGUACUACUACAGUGUUAACAGGUACAGAUACCUCAGCAGUUGUAGCAGUAUCUACACCGUCCACCCCUUCACCAGGACUAACAUCCAGAGACACUACUUUGGUGACAACAAUCAAAACCACUGUUGCAGAAUGCAUGCCAGAUGCUCUGUUGAAUGUCAUCAGGCUGGAGGAUGUCACCAGUAAGUUAAUCAGUGUGAGUUGGACUGGUAUGACCCUGGAUCAGCAGAUACAUUACAAGGUGAAGCUGGCAUCUAAUUCCAACACAACUCAGAUUGAGACCUCGGCCACCAAAGCUGUUUUCUCAAACCUUACUCCUGGAACCAUAUACACUCUGAUUAUUGAGUACUUAUCCUGCUACAUCAAGAAAAACAUUUCAAGAGACAUAAUCACUGCUGGAAAGGUCUAUGAAUCUUCCACUCGAAUUCCAGGCAGAGAGUUUUUGUCUGAUUAUUCAAAUCAAUCCAGCAAACUUUACAAAGACUUUGUGGCCAAUUUUACCAUGCAGGUUGAAAACAAUCUCCCAAAAGCAUACCAGGACCUUACCAGGGCUAAAGAAAUGGUGGUGGUUGUGACAGGUGUUCACAGAGGAAGUGUGAUCGUUGACUUUGAUCUGGUCACUGCUCUGGAGGUUAAACUGUCAACCUCUGACGUGCAGAACAGUGUCAUUAAUGCGCUGAAAUUAUCUGAACUCGGAGUAGAUCUGAAUUUCACCUCAGUCAAAGAGGCAGAUGUCUGCCAACGAGGCGAUUACACAUGCUCAAAAAAUGCCAGCUGUGUCAGAGAGGGACCCUCACAUUCAUGUGAAUGUAAGGCAGGAUUCUACGACGAAAACCCAACCGUACCGGGUACUGACUGCAAGAGAAAUAUCUCUCCAGGUGCAGAUCCAUGUAAAGGCUUGUGUUCAUCAUGUGCUCAGUGUGUGGUUGGUCCUGGAGGCAGCCAUGAAUGUAGCUGCUAUCCUGGUUUGAUAGAUCAGAAUCCUGUUAAUCCUGGGAAGCUAUGCAAAGAUCCUGUCGACUGUUUUGAUCAAGAAAAUGACAUUUGCUCAUCCCAAAAUCUAUGUCUUCCAUCCAAGUUUCUCUGCUCAUUGAGGAAGGUUUUCAAAUUAACAGCAGAAUUCAACUCUUGGAUCUUCAACUCCUCUCUGCACGACCCAGGGAGCGAUGCUUGGGCAUAUGCCUCUACAAAGAUCAUAAAAACUGUUGUCCCCAGAAUGCGGUUUGUUCUGUCAGAUUCAUCCUUUGACAUGACAGUGGUGGGCUUCCAGAGAGGUAGUGUGGUGGUCAGGAUGAUGUGCGGUUAUAAUGGGAAUACUACCGCUGAUGAAAGAACUCUCCAGGCUGCUCUGCAGGACACAAUUCGCAAACACUUGGACAACUCCGCCAUAGCUACCUUGAAAAGAGUUUCCCAGAUAUCAAUGGCCCCAGGAGCAGGCUGGAAAGUGGCGACAAUAGUCCUGGGAGUUCUGCUGGGCUUCACUUUGACAGUCGUGGUUGUUGUUCUGAUCAUCACCAUAGCGAGGAGAGCAGCUAGCAAGCUGACCUCAUAUAACAUCAAGCAAACAAAGCACAACAGACAAGUGGUGUCCGAUGACUACUUAGAAGGUUAUUCUUAUCAGGUGUAGUUCAGGGAUUCUUAAAAAGACGAGAUAAUCGAAACUUAUUUUCACAAAUAUAUUUGAUACUAUUAACAGAAGUUUCAGCUAUCACAUCUCCUAAUACUUUUUUAUUUUAUUUAAUUUUUUAAAUUUUACCUUUAUUUAACUAGGCAAGUCAGUUAAGAACAAAUUCUUCUUUUCAAUGACGGCCUAGGAACAGUGGGUUAACUGCCUGUUCAGGGGCAGAAUGACAGAUUUGUACCUUGUCAGCUUGGGGGUUUGAACUUGCAACCUUCCGGUUACUAGUCCAACCGGUUACUAGUCUAACCACUAGGCUAUGCUGCCGCCCCUUUAAGUGUUUCAUAAAAUGCAACUAACUCAACUCCGUCAGACACAAUAAAAGGCAUUCCAUUUUUACAUUUAUUGUUGAACAAGUGUUUAAUAAAGGCCUUGAUUGUUUAAUUGUAACAUUAGAUUAUUCAAAAAUUGUAAUACAAAUCUCCAAACGUCUUAAUUGUUUUAUUUUAUAGGGCUAAUUUCGUGUUUGCAUGUUUUUUUGUUAGUUUUUUUGCAUGUGUUUCUAGAUUCAGAACAUAAAACAACAUUUAGAAAGCUAACAUUAUCCCUAGGAUCUACCACAGCAAAUACAUCAGUAGUUUAAGCAUAUGUUGCAACAAGGUUAAAAUAUUUUUUCUAAAUAUUGACUAAAAGAUCGAUCUUAUUAAAGGGUUAGUCAUCAGUGAGUUGAUAAGGCACUGAUGGAGUUGACAACGGACACUCAAAGCAGACAUAUUUGUGCCUCUACAAAUAAAUGUUUAGUACAAGCAUUUGUAAAAUAUAGAAAAUGAUUUAUUUGAAAACAAUAAAAAUAUAACUGUUAUAUCAGA